AUGCACCUUCUAUUCCUUGAGGAACAUAGCAACCGGCAGUUGUGGGUUCUGGCGCUGUUCUUGGGGCAUGCCAGCUGUUCGGUUUUCUUAGUCCUUGUCAACAAGACAAUAUCGACGUCAUUUCCUUACGCCUGGACCGUCGUCGCUUUGCAGAACACAGGAACAAUUGUGUGCUCUUGCUUUCUGCACCUCAACGGCAAGGUUCUGCUUCGGCAGCUACAGAGACACCAGGUGCUACCGCUCCUCGUAGAUGCCAUUUGGCUGGUUGCCGUGCUCAUGAGCAGCUUCAAAGCCCUUGAGGAGGUUAGCCUUUUGGUGGUAGUCAUUCGCAACACCGUUCCAUUUCUCACAGCCCUGAGCGAGCGGGCUGCUUUGAAGAAACCAAUGGAUGCGAUGCUGGUAGUUGCGCUCCUGAUUACGUUCGUUGGCACAAUCCUGUAUUCAGUCACAGAUUUCACAAUCCGGUACAACGGCGCCAUCUAUGCAAUUUCCAAUGCAGUUCUGGUGGCGGGCAUGUGCACGUACGAACGUUAUCUGAUGACUUCUGCCAAUCUUGGCAUGUCUGCCAUCGACAUAAACUUCCACCGCGUAGUUCUUUCAAUGCCGUUGAUAGCAACCCUUGGCUACACGGAGGGAUUCCCGGCCACACUGCUAGACUUGGCAGUCCGAAGGUACGAGGCCUUGUUGAUAGCUUCAUCUGCUUUUGCUGCAUUUGGCAUCGGCACGCUCCUUCUGGCUUUACAGGCCGAAGUGUCUGCAACGACUAUACAGGUGGCCAACGUUUCUUACAAGUGCGCAACCACGGUUGUGAGCAGACUGACGCAUCCGUCAGAGCUGACGGCAAUGGGAGUUUUCGGAUAUUGUGUUUGUACGGGGGGGGUGCUCACCUACACACUGACUCGCCCUCCAUCACGCGGAAAGGCCGGCCUGUUAGUGUCAGUCAGGUCUGAUUUUCUAGCAACUUUGAAGUUCGCUCAAGUCUGUCAUGCUAAGGAAAAGUGA